UCGUCCCCCCGCGUCCCCAUCGAGAUCAUCGAGCAAAUCAUCGAUGAACUCGGUGCAGCUCAAGAGACCGCGGCCCUCACUCGUUGUAUCCGGGUACACAAGGGCUGGAUCCCCCGGACCCGCAUCCAUCUCUGGCGCACGCUCACGGUGUCCAGCAGAGAGCAACUCCCAACCAUCUGCGCCACGUUCGACCGGAACCCCACUCUGAAAUCCCUGGUCGAAGUUGUCCGGCUGGAGCCCGAUCGCUCGGUGAAGAGCCACAGGCGCCCCUUCCUCGUCACUGCCCCGAUCCUCCUCCUCCCAUACCUCAUCCACAUCCAGGCUUGG